GGAGAAAGGCUAAUUAAAAAGCCUUUAAAGGCUUUUUGAAAAGCACACUUUCCCUGGGCCACAGACUCCGAGGUCCAGAGCGUCCCCAAAGUGGCCUCUGACAAAAUUCUGAGGGACACUGGGCACCCUGCGUCACCAUGGGCAACGAGAACAGCAACUUGGACCACCAGAGGACUUCAUCAGCUCAGAGUCCAAGAUCCGUGCAGCCACCUGGGGACAAGAAGGGGAGAGAUUCUCCCAGAAUCCCUGACAGUGGGGACUUGUCCAGUGCUGGGCUUGGAGGCUCCCGCUCCACUUCUGAGAGUGCUGCCGGCCCAGACCCGUGCAUCGUGUCCCCAGAGGUGACUGAGCCAAGGAAACACCCACAGGAAGCCAGGCGUCCAGAAGGAUCUCCACUGUCCAGCCCAACACUGGCCUGGGAGCAGAAGCGCCCCUUGACCCCCAUGCCCUUCACUGAGUGCCCUCCAGAAGGUUGCUUGGCAGGCCCAGCAGCAGAACCUGAAGAUGCUCUCACCAAGCAUCCAAGGAGGGACCCUACUCCGAGUGCCCCAGGGAACACCGUGGCAUUUACCCCUGAAGGGGACAGUGUGGCUGCCGAAGUCUCUGGCUCUGGGGGAGACAAAGAGAUGAAGGCAGAGGGACAAAUUUCUUCUUCCUAUGGUUGCAUUGACCAGUUGCCAGGAAUGUCACCUGCACCUCCAGGAGAGCCAAGGAAGGAGCUGCUAUGUUCAGAGGGUCACUUAGAGUCCCAAGGGAAAGAGAGUAUAGGUGGCUGUUCCCCUUCAGAAUCCAGGCUGGAUGUGGCUUCUGGACAAAUAGUCCCCAAGGCCUCUGCUUCUGCCCACCCAGACAAGGACAGCUCAGCUGGCCUAGUGGAAUGUCCCCUAAAACCCAAGACCGUGGUCCCACAAGAUUCAGCUCCAGGAAGCUUAGACAGAGAAAAGGGCCGAGUGGAGGUGCCACCUCAGCAUUUAGCCAAUGACUUGGAAUUCCGUAGCUCCUGCCAUUCCCCUGGGAGCAAUUCAGGGGCUGCCUAUGAAGCUGAAGCUGCUGCUUCCCAGGAAAGCUGCCCGCAGCGGAUGGGAACCCAUCUUCUCCACAGAGAGCUGCCCUGGGACCCACUGAGUCCUGCCCCAGUACUGGGGAAGGAAACUCUGGGUGCCAGUGGUGCUCACAGUCCCUUGCACACAAGGAUGAAAGGGGUAGAGACCCAUCACGUUGCUCCCAUGGCAACAGGUGUCCAGGUAGAUGGGAGUUCACUUGGGAUCCCUGAGCCUGUCCCACAUAACCUGACUGAAGAAACACACCCAGCAUCAAGCUCCGCAGCUCAUCCAGCCCCUGAGAUCCCUGCUACCACAAAAGGGCCCAGUUCAUUGGCCAGGGAGAUGGCUUCCAAAGCUGAAGGGCCAGUUUCUGUAGAUUUGGUCAAAGAGCUGAUGGAUGCAAGGACUGCGGGACUGGAAAAUUGGCCAUCAGAUCUUGGAAGAGAGCAAGAGCAUUCAGAAGCAAGCCCCGGAGAGGUUUCUGCCUCUUCACCCCAGGAGAGGGCAGAGCUCUGGAACUGGGAGCAAAGCCAUGCAGUCCCACAAGGGGUGAUGCUGUCCUCUUCUUCUCCUGGGGCUUCAAGUAAAGGUACCGGGAGCUCAGUGGGGCCAAAGGAGGGAAUCAAGGCCCCCGAGGAUACUGGAAGCCCAAAUGUGGCUAAAGAGAAAAGCAGAUGCCAUGGAGACAACCCUUCAGGACCAAUCAAAGCCCAGGAGAAACAAGCCACAGAGAAACCUGGUGCUGUGGGUCCUGGAAACCUGGGGGGAGAAGAGUCUCAAGACUUUCACUGCAAGCCCUAUCCAAAGGUGGUAAAAGAUGAGGUCUCAAAGCCAGAUGAAGAUUUAGAGAACACGAUGUUUUCCAACUCAGAUUCCAGAAAGGGAGACACUGGACACGUGGACAGGUCUGACUCUGGGUCAGCAGGGGCAGCAUGGCAGGUGGCAGCUGAAACCCAUGUGUCAGACACAACCAUCUCAACCCACAAACCCCACGAGAAGGACCCCAUCCAGAAGCCAGCACCAGAUGGUAGUGGUGAGCAUGCUGUUCCCAGAGAAGCUGUCAGGGAGCAGCCAGGAUUACUGACCAAAUGCCUGGACAUGCUUCAAGAUAGGGAAGGACUGGGAAAAACAGAGUCUCCUUCUGGUUUAAAAUCUGAAAAAUCAGAUUUCCUGUUGAGUUUUGCUGCAGAGGGCGUGACCAAAGCCCAGGAGGUGGAGCACACUUUGGAAAUAAGGAUGACAGGCUGCCCAUCCCCAGAGAAGCCCAGCAGCUGUGACACUGAGGGCUUCUUAACAUCCCCAGGCCAGCCUGGUGGGCCAGGGCAAGAUGCAGCUGGACAGGAAGCUCAUGUCAGGGUGCCACACACCCCUGACGGGGAGAACGAAGCAGAGGACUGUGGGCUCACCACUCCUAGCCUGAGGCAAGAUUGUCAGGGAAACCUGUCCUGCCCAGGGGACAGCUGGAUAAGAGGAGCUACAUCACAGUGUCCCCCACUACCUUCUGAAAACCGACUCCCACCAUCCCAACUGGACUCAGAAGCAUUCAUUUUUGAUAUUCUCAGGGAGAGGACCCCACUACCUGCAAAUGGGAAAGAGGCUCACUCAAGUGCUCUAGGGUUUAAGAACCAGGGUGCAGAGUCUUCCCAAAUCCAUGUACCCGCGGAGCCUCAGGUGGAUGUGAGCUUACCCACUCAUGGAGGAUGGGAGCAGGCUUCUGGGUCACAGCUUCAAAGUCAGCUACCCAAAGGCAGUCCUCCAAGUUCAACUCCCAAGGACAUGACUCUGGAGAGUUCUCCACUGGGGCAGUCAGAAUUGUCAACCUCACUAGGACAGAAGUUGCCUAUAUCAGGGGAAAAUGAGCAAAAGGGAGUAGUAGGCUGUGAUGGUCAGCCUCCUGCAGCAGACACCUUAAAAGAUUCUUCUCCUGCAGAGGACUUUGGUAGAAAGGAAAGUGGCUAUGCUGGGCAGGGACCAAACAAGUCCCAACAAGAGCUGGUUGGUGCUUUGAAAGCGGGCAGCCAGCAGGAAGAAGCAUGUCGCAAGGAUGCAGGAGUUUCUGAAGCAGCUGACGCCUGGACCCCGCCCCAGGGUUUGGGUAAGACAGAGAUGGCAAGUAGAGACACAGUGGAGGCCCCGCCUUGUCCACCUGACUCAGUAGCUCUCCUGGAUGCAGCUCACUGUCUGCCAGCCCCAGCACCCGCCAGUGCCAGAAUCACACCUACCCAGGAUGCCUCAGAGAAACAGGCACAUGAUAAACACCAGGAAGACAGUCAGGAGCCAGUGCCGGCCCUGCAGCAGGGAAUGCAGUGCCCAGCCGCCAUGGAUGCAGAGGCCCCAAAGCUUCUUGAAAGUUUCCCAUCAGCUAGGGAGCAAGGUAGUGAAGGUGGAGCUGCUGACAGUGAUGGAAAUGCCAGUGAAGGAGGCCCCCGGAUGCUGCAGGCUCUCAGAGAACCGGAAGCUGCUCAGAGCAGGGCCUUCUUUCCUACCGAGCACUGCUUUAUGUCCAGGAAAGAAGCUUCUACCCUGGGUGAGCCCUGCCAAGCUGAGCAGCCAAGGUGCCAGGGUGCCUCGCUAUCAGUCAGAGAACUGGGUGGGACCCCCAGAAGCACUGCAGGUAUUUCUGCCUGCCAGGCUGUCCCUGACCCAGAGAGGCCACUGCUGUCCAGGUCACAUGAAGAGGCUGAUCCUGACACCCCUUACCUGCAGAGUGAUGGUGCUGCUGCUGGGAAAGGAGCAAAAGACAGUAUAGUGAAAGCCGUUUCCUCUGAAAGCUCCUGCCCCAAAGAGGAGCCCUUGCUUGCCCUUGGAAAUGCAGCCCCUGAGAAGCUGCCUGCGGGCUCCCUUCCCUCGCCCUUGCAUUCAGGAGCUGCAGGUGGAGAAAUCCCUGCGGUGCAGCCCACCAGUGAAAGCCCCAAAGCUGGAAUCACUGAACGACCUGUGGCCUCCGUGCCCUACCUGGACAGGAUGCCUCUCUUGGCCAUAGGUAAGCAGACGGCAGGGGAGGAUACAGUGGCCACAGCUCCAGACCCAGGUGCCAGAGCGUGUGAGAUUCCAGUGUGCCCUGCUAGUGAGGAUGGCAUGGUGGCCGAUACAGAAGGAGAGAGAGCAGGUGGUGGGGAGAGGAUAGGAGAUCCUUCCCCAGAUCCAAAGGGGGACGUAUCCUGUAGUGUGGAUGCAAGCUCCAAGCAGACCGGCAUGAUAGCUGGGCUCCCUGACUUCAGAGAGCACAUCACCAAGAUCUUUGACCAGUCUGUGUUUGGAGCACUGGCCACUACUGAUGGGCCCCAGAGUACACCUGGUGAGAAGGCAGGGUCUGGGGAAAAUGUGGUAGGCAAGGACCUUGCCAUACCUCUAAAUCCAGAAAAUCGUCCAGAUGGGACUCAAGGAGUGGCCCCUACCCUUCUCCUUGUACCUCCUGCUGGACUCUUGGAGAAGAAACAAGAGUGGGCUGUUGAGGCUGAGAUUUCCCCUCUGGUUUCCCAGCAUCCAGUUCCAGGCAAACUGCUGGCUUGGGCAGGACCAGCCUUGGAGCAGAACCUGCCAGGUGCCCAUGUUGAGGAGGCGAUGGCCUGUAUCCCAUCAACAGUGAGAAGCGAGAGGCCAAAGGGGUGUGAGGAGGCCUGGCCAGGCCUGGGAGCCCAGGCUCACUCACAGCCUGAGGAGAGUGGGCAGAAACUAGCUGCAGGUCUUCCCUCACCCGUGAUGGCUGAUCAGGGGAUGCCUGUGGAAGGAAUCAUGGACUCCAAGGUGGCUCCUCUGAGAAGUGGAGGAGAGGCCUUGGUUCACCUUGACCGAAUUCCUUCUGGAGAACAGCACCUCGAAAUGUCAGCCUGUGACGACCAACACAGAAAAGAUGGUCCCCAGGACUUUGCUCACCCAGGGGGUCCAGAUGAUGCGCUGGGAUCCACUCGUGCCCUUGAAGCUUCUUCUCCUGGUAGGGAUGUGUUGAUUAUGCCUAAGGCUAACAGUGAGCCUGCGACCCCUCUCACACUUGGGGGUGGGAAGAGGCCUGAGGCUGCUGCCACCAUCUUGGAAAUGCAAAAUGCUCCAGGCCACAAAAGCACCCCUAAGCCACAGGCUGGAGAAGUGUCGCCUGCUCCCCUAGAGCCCAGCAAAGUGUCAGGAGCUGCUGGGGAAGCUGAGAGUGACAUCACAUCCCCCACAGCUGAGACGUGGGCACAUGGAUCUGGUGACCUGCCUGAAACAGGUACUACAAGGGUGUUCUCCGGGGUGGCUCAUGGCUCAGAGCUGCCAGGAAGCUAUCAGGACCCAGAAUGCUCUGACAGGGCUCAGAUGAUGGAGGACGCAGUCACCCUGCGAGGGGACAGCCUGGCUGGGCACCAGGAGACCGAGGAGCUGCCGAGGCCUGAGCUCCCCACUCCUGCUGGGCCCAAGAAGAUGUGUGUCUCCUCAGAACCAGACAAAACUGGAGUCCCGAAGCUGCAACACUUGGCUCCAGAAGAGCUCCACGCUGACAGGAGGAGCCCUGGACCUGGCCAAGCAACCUUACCUAUGGUUCCUGAGGAUGUUCUGAGAGACGCUUCUUUAGAUGAGGCUAGAAGUGCAGGAGAAGUCAAAAGCUCACCUGAUGAUGAUGUCAUCCAGCCGGCUGCCCCUACAGACGUGGAAAACCCACCCUUAGCUACCUCCUCCCGUCACAGUGAUGCUGUUGGCCAGGUCCUGACGCAUCUGACAGCCCAGAGGAGUUCGGACUCUGAAGAAGCCUUUGAGACCCCAGAGUCAACAACCCCUGUUAAAGCUCCACCAGCCCCGCCCCUGCCACCCCCUGAAGUUAUCCCAGAGCCUGAGGUCAGCGCCCCACCAGCUUCAGAAGAACCAGGAUGCAGCUCUGAGACGGUCCCGGUCCCCGAUGGCCCACGUAGCAACUCUGUGGAAGGAAGUCCUUUCCGACCCCCACACUCCUCCUCUGCCGUCUUCGAUGAAGACAAGCCGAUAGCCAGCAGUGGGACGUACAACUUGGACUUUGAUAACAUUGAGCUGGUGGAUAACUUUCAGAGCUUGGAGCCUCGUUCCUCAGACUGUAGGAGCCAGGACUGUAAGGUGAGCACACGCAGGAAGUCUACGGAGUCUGUGCCCCCCUCCAAGUCCACGCUGUCCCGCUCGCUCAGCCUUCAAGCCAGUGACUUUGACGGUGCUUCCUGCCCGGGCAGCCCCGAGGCUGUGGCCCUUGCCCCAGAUGCCUGUAGCACAGGGUCCAACAGUGCUUCUAGUACUCUCAAGCGAACUAAAAAACCGAGGCCACCUUCCUUAAAAAAGAAACAGACACCCAAGAAGCCCACGGAAACCACCCCAGUGAAAGAGACCCAGCAAGAGCCAGCUGAGGAGAGUCCCAUCCCCAGCGAGGAGCAUCUGGAAUCCGAGACAAAGACGGAGCCGGCCACGGCCGAGGGCUCUGGGUCUGUCCUCCCGGAGGAGACACCCCUGGAACCUGCCGCUGUGCCCAAAGCUGCCUCUCCUCCAGACUCAGACUGUGUGGAGGGAGCCUGUCCCUCAGCUUCCGGAGGUGGCAGGGUGCAGAACUCGCCUCCCAUUGGGAGGAAGACGUUGCCUCUUACCACGGCCCCUGAGACAGUGGAGGUGACCCCUUUGGAUAGUGGGGGGCAGGAGGACUCCCCAGCCAAAGGGCUCUCAGUGAGGCUGGAGUUUGACUAUUCUGAGGACAAGGGUAGUUGGGACAACGAGCAGGAAAAUCCCCCUCCUACCAAAAAGCUAGGCAAAAAGCAGGUUGCCAAAAUGCCCCUGAGGAGGCCAAAGAUGAAAAAGACCCCUGAGAAACUUGACAACACGCCUGCCUCACCUACCAGAUCCCCCGCUGAACCCAGUGACAUCCCUGUUGCUAAAGGUACCUACACCUUUGAUAUUGACAAGUGGGAUGACCCUGAUUUUAACCCUUUUUCUUCCACCUCAAAAAUGCAGGAAUCUCCCAAAUUGCCCCAGCAGUCAUAUACCUUUGACCCAGACACCUGUGAUGAGUCUCUUGACCCCUUUAAGACCUCCUCUAAGACCCCCAGCUCACCUUCUAAGUCCCCAGCCUCGUUUGAGAUUCCAGCCAGUAUUGAAGCCAAUGGAGUGGAUGGGGAUGGGCUGAACAAGCCUGCCAAGAAGAAGAAGACGCCCCUGAAGACGAUGGUUGAAGAUGUGAUGUCUGUGUGUUCUCUGUUUGACACAUUUAGGGUGAAAAAGUCGCCAAAACGGUCUCCUCUCUCUGAUCCACCUUCUCAGGACCCUACUCCAGCUGCAACACCAGAAACACCACCAGUCAUCUCUGCAGUGGUCCACGCAACAGAUGAGGAAAAGCUGGCAGUCACCAGUCAGAAGUGGACAUGCAUGACUGUGGACUUGGAGGCUGACAAACAGGACUUCCCACAGCCCUCAGACCUGUCCACCUUUGUAAAUGAGACCAAAUUCAGUUCACCCACGGAGGAGUUGGAUUACAGAAACUCCUAUGAGAUUGAAUAUAUGGAAAAAAUUGGCUCCUCCUUACCUCAGGAUGAUGACGCCCCGAAGAAACAGGCCUUGUACCUUAUGUUCGACACGUCUCAGGAGAGCCCCAUCAAGUCUCCCCCAGUCCGGAUGUCAGACUCCCCAACGCCGUGUUCAGGGUCAAGUUUUGAGGAGACUGAAGCCCUUGUGAAUGCUGCAGCAAAAGUCCAGCAUCCUGUCACACGAGGGCUGGCCACCAGCCAAGAGCCACACUUGCAAGUGCCAGAGAAAUCCUCCCAGAAAGACCUGGAGGCCAUGGCCUUGGGGACCCCUUCAGAGGCAAUUGAAAUUACAGCUCCUGAGGGCGCCUUUGCCUCUGCUGAUGCCCUCCUCAGCAGGCUGGCCCAUCCUGCCUCUCUCUGUGGUGCGCUUGACUAUCUGGAACCCGACUUAGCAGAAAAGAACCCCCCAGUAUUUGCUCAGAAACUUCAGAGAGAGGCUGCUCACCCACCAGAUGUCUCCAUCUCCAAAACAGCCCUGUACUCCCACAUCGGGACCUCCGAGGUGGAGAAGCCUGCAAGCCUUCUGUUCCAGCAGCCAGACCUGGACUCUGCACUCCAGGUUGCCAGAGCCGAGGUCCUCACCAAGGAGAGAGAGGUCUCAGAGUGGAAAGACAAAUACGAAGAAAGCAGGCGGGAAGUGAUGGAAAUGAGGAAGAUCGUAGCUGAGUAUGAGAAGACGAUCGCACAGAUGAUAGAGGAUGAACAGAGAGAGAAGUCAGUGUCCCACCAAACAGUGCAGCAGCUGGUCCUGGAGAAGGAGCAGGCCCUGGCCGACCUGAACUCUGUGGAGAAAUCUCUGGCUGACCUUUUCAGGAGAUACGAGAAGAUGAAGGAAGUCCUAGAAGGUUUCCGCAAGAAUGAAGAGGUGCUGAAGAAAUGUGCACAGGAGUAUCUGUCCCGAGUGAAGAAAGAGGAGCAGAGGUACCAGGCCCUGAAGGUGCACGCAGAGGAGAAACUGGACAGGGCCAACGCUGAGAUUGCCCAGGUUCGAGGCAAGGCCCAGCAGGAGCAAGCUGCCUACCAAGCCAGCCUGCGGAAGGAGCAGCUGCGAGUGGAUGCUCUGGAAAGAACACUGGAGCAAAAGAAUAAAGAGAUAGAAGAGCUCACCAAGAUUUGCGAUGAACUGAUUGCCAAAAUGGGGAAAAGCUAACUCUGAACCAAAUGCUUGGACUUGACUGUUGCGUGCAAUAUGACCACUGGCACACUGCCGUCCCUGGGGUUACACGGACAGGUUCUGUUUUCACUUUUCGUAUGCACUACUGUAUUUUCUUUCUAAAUAAUGUUUGAUUUGAUUGUAUGCAGUACUGAGGAGACUAUCAGGAUUUCUUGCUAUUGGUUUGCAUUUUCCUAGUAUAAUUCAUAGCAAGUUGACCUCAGAGUUCCUGUAUCAGGGAGAUUGUCUGAUUCUCUAAUAAAAGACAAAUUGCUGAUCUUGGCCUUGCCCUUUGUACACGAAUUCCCAGGGUGAGCAGCUUUUGAUUUAAUAUGAACAUGUACAGCGUGCAUAGGGACUCUUGCCUUAAGGAGUGUAAACUUGAUCUGCAUUUGCUGAUUUGUUUUAAAGAAUGCAUGUUUCAAGUAAAAUCUUCUAUUGUAAAUAAAUUUUUUUCCUUUGGAUCUUGGCAA